UGUGCUAAAGCCAGUUCUAAAGUUGUACCUGAGGAGGUAACACGUCACUCGACAUGCAGUGCGUCACUCUCUUCGUGUUGGUCGGCGUCGCGGCCGUGGCAAUCGCAGAUGGCCAGUUCUACGUUCCACGUGCAUACUACACGAUUGACUCGGAGGGACACGCGUCCGCUCCAGUGCCACUUCGGAGGCUGCGCCGGUCCCUGAGCCCCUACCCCUACGGAUACGGCGGCGCGGACGCGAGCGCUAACGCGAACGCGAAUGCUUACAGUUGGGGAGGCGGCGAAGCUCGUGCCAACGCUAACGCUAACGCGUACGCGGGUGCAGGAGGCUGGAGCGUGCCUCAAGGAGGCUACGGCGCAUCUAACCCAGCCGCUCUCAGUGCUGGUGGAUUUCGUCGUCAGUUUGGUCCAGUGACAGGUGGUCGUUCUGUUUCCGCAAGCUCUUCUGUAGGAUUGGACUCUUCCGGCCAGGGAUACUACGACCAGUACACAUCUGUCUCGAAUUAAAUCUCAUCAUAAAAAUGGAAAUGCAUCCCUUAAGAAUUUAAAUGACUUUUUAUCAAUUUUAUUUUAACUAUAUUUUGUCGUAACCACUCGUAUAUCCAAGACCACUUGUAAUUUUUAUCUAAACACUGCAAUGGAAAGUUUCUUUUUUUUGGCAAUUACGUAAUCUGGAAACAAGUUUGACGAAAAUUUUAAAUUAUUGUUAAUUAAACAUGAAUACAAAAUAAUAUCUAGCAUCGAAUGAUUCACAUUGUAAUAAAAAUAUAUCACCGAAAACUUGAAUAUAAAUUGUUUUGUUCGGAUAGCGUUGCAGGUGGGAUUCUUGAUUAGCUAGAUUAAUAAUAGUAAUGGAUGGAUGUGAUCGUAAAUUAAUGAAAUAACACACAUAAAUAAUUCAUGUAAGA